UAUCUCUCAAGACAGAGACUGAUCAACGGCUAAUCAUAUCGACAAACCCUACUUCUAAUGACUCCCUGUUCAACGGCUAAUUUGUACCGACGAAUCUUACUUCUAAUUAAGAAGAAGAAGAAAAAGAAGAAGCCGUUGCCUGAACUCCCACAGACACCGCAGCAUUCCACACCUAUCUCGUCACUUCCCGAUGAUUUGCUAUUGACUUGCUUCGCACGCAUCUCUAGGUCAUACUACCCAACUCUCUCCCUCGUCUCCAAAAGAUUCCGAUCUCUCCUUUCUUCCCCUGAGCUUUACGAGACCCGAUCCCUCAUAGGCCGCACCGAGAGUUGUCUCUAUCUCUGCUUAGGGUUCCCUCCCGACCCAAACACUCGCUGGUUCACUCUCUGUCGGAAGCCUGACCAAACCCUAACCAACAAGAAGAAGUCAAGUGGCAAUCUUAUGGUUCCGGUCUCAGUUCUUAACGCUCCUCCUGUUGAUUGGACAACUCUCGUCGCGGUCGGUCCUUACAUCUACGCCAUCUGCGGACACAUUGAAAAAGCUCCCUGCUCUAACGUCCCGUUCCUUGACUGUCGAACUCACACGUGGCUCGAGGCUCCAAGCUUGCGGCUUGCAUACACUGAUAGUGAACAUGAUGGUAAGAUGUAUUUAGCAGGAAUCGGUGAGAAUCCAACUUCUUUGAACUGUAUUGAAGUGUUCAACACAACGACACGAACUUGGAAGCCAGUGCCGCCCGGAAAACGUGAACUACACGGUAGGGAUAUGGAAGGAAAGAUGAUCGUCGCGAGCGUCAAUAGAACUACUGGUGAGAAGGGUUUGGCUUUUAAGCCAAAGGAAAAGACAGGGGAGUUGCUAGGAUCGAAUACGGAUUGGGAUUCUCCCUGUAUGAUAGAGAACAUAGCCUACUAUUAUAGGUCCAGUGGCGAGUUUGAAUGGUUUGACACCAAGAAUGAUAGUUUUUUGGGGAAAUUACGAGGUUUAGAAAGGCUACCAAAGUUUGCUGGUUACAGUUGUGUCAAAUUGGUGGAACACGGUGGAAAGAUGUUGGUUUUGUGGGACAUGUAUGUCCCUGCAAGUGGGUUUAAGGAGCUUAUUAUUUGGUGUGCAGAGAUUAAGCUUGAACGGCGCAGCUGUGAAGAGAUUCGGGGGGAAGUCGAGUGGUUUGAUGCUGUUCUUAAAGUGCCCAAGUCUUACGAAUUUAUGUAUGCUAUCUCUUCUACUGUUUGAUGGUGUAACCCUUUCUGCUACUGUUUGGAUAAAUGGGUCAUCUGACAAGCGGGUAACGUUGUUGUAGUUGUGAAUAUAAAUGUGUUUGAAAAUGGUAAAUUAUUAUUAUUUUUUUGAACUUAAAAAUGGUAAAUUAUUUCUAAAAACAGAACAUAUGGCUUGGCUUGUUUUUGAAAGAGAUAGUUUGCAGCUAUGCUCUUGCUGUUUGAUGGAUCACAUUUGACGUUUUUGUUGUGAAUAUGUGUUACAAAAUGUUUGAUUGUA